GUUUUCUGAUAUUCUCGCCCCUUACGCGAUUUCUGUUCACUUACCUAUCGUAGCUUCUCUACAAACCUCGUGUUUCUGUCUGGUUCCCUACCUAGGUACCUAUCAAAGCUUGUCUACAGCCUUGUCCAUCUGUCCUUCGGCGUCUUGCUGUCUAGAGUACUCGGACUGAUGCUGGACCGACUUCAGAUUGCUGGGACUGUAGGGACAUGGGUUGCUGUGCUAUUGACCUUCAUUACCCUCACUGCCAUAAUCGGACCAUGGCUGCUACUGCGUCAGGCGUACAAUGAGCGGAACCGGGCGCUGAACGCGGUUCAAGAUAGCAAUCAGGAUUUUGUCACCAAGGGAGUCGGCUUCAGCAAGUCGAUCCGAUUUUUCAGGAAGACCAAAGUGCCGAGCCUUGCACCAAAUUUCGACUCUUGGUCGCAUGACAUCCCGCUGAAGAUCCCGGCCACCAAUGAGUGCUGGACAGCGAAAUACCCCGACCCAACAACGUGCCGAACUGGUUGGGCUGUUUUCUGCCGACUGCUCGAAGCAUAUAGUGCUUCCCAGGUAGACGAUGCCAAAGUCGGGACGUCUCCUCAUCACGGUUGGUGGCCCUUCACUCUCGGACGAGCGACAUCCCCGCCUCAAGCCACUGGAAAUCCGGUAGUGCUUCCAGGCGGUGGAAGUCUCGUUUUCAAGAAAAGCUACACUUUCCUCCCAGUUAGUAGAUACUGGAUCCUUGUCAUCGGCUUGUUGGGGAGGUAUGCCCGCCGGGAAGAUAAGGGCAAGGCUCAGAUGUCUGCUUCUCUCCGACGGGAUCUCAACGAAGAGCGUGCAUACGUGGAACAAAACGAUAUAAACGAUAUCGAAACCGCACUCUCCAAAUCCGACACUGUAGGCUUUGACUUUGCCGCCAAGGUAAAUCAACAAAACCUAUUCACUAGAUUCAAGUCUAGGAAACGCAGUGCGUCAGCAGACAGCAGCGCCUCGAGCAUAUCGCGCGUCACUGAUGUCUCUGUACCGCCCGUCAUGGCAACACCUGGCGUAUCCACGCUCUGUGGUAUCACAGGAGAGUUCUGCAGAGUUAAGUCGGAUGAUACCCCGUCCGACACAUUGAUGUUCACGCCGCAUAAUUUUUACGAGAUGGGUCUGCUGACCCUACCCAUAACGGAGCCGGUAUCCAUAUCAACGCUGUUCUGGUUAGCCAAUGGCUUCAUCCCCGUGUUCUCUGACACUGAUGGCAAGCGGAUCGCCCGUGUGAUUUGCUUGGAAGACCCUGCCGGGUAUUCCUAUGAGGAAAGGCAUAGUUUUAGACGUCGUCGACCUAGGCUAGGUCUGGCUGCAUUGGCUGUAUCUGGUCUGGAUACAGAGAGGACCCGCGCGCCUUACGUAGCACGGCGGUGGUAUGACGAGGACCAGUACUCAAACGACGAGUCCACUGAUCGUUACAGCGAUUUCGACGUUGGUAUCAAUGAGCAGAAUAGUUAUGAUGCUAGAGAACGAGAUAUCAUUCCUCCCGAAACCACCAACGACAAUGUUCCUCUAAACAAGCCAGAUAUAGAUAUCAUUGGCAUUACAGAAUCGGAGUGGGUACCCAUACCCGAUGAUUACAUUGUUGUUGAGGACAAGCCCGAAAAGGGGAUACAGGUUGACUCUCACUCCACCGAGAACAAUGGCUUCGUUGAUGAACAGAUCCGGGAUUACCCGCCCGGAAGUAUCGAAGCAGAUGGAAUACACACCCCUAAGCCCGACGAAACUCAGAGUUCGGACGUCACUGGGCGGGAACUUGUGCUCUAUACAGGUGGUACUGAAAGUCAAGAUCAUCAGGAGAUAUCAGGAUCGUUCGAACAGGUAGAGGAGAAUGAUGAAAGCUACCGCUCAUUCAGAUCUAGAUCCAGAUCCAGAUCCAGAUCCAUGUCACCCUAUCGAGAGAGAUCGCGGCGGAGCUCUAGGUCACGGAGUAGAUCUCGACCAUUCCGUGGAAUUUUGAAGUCUAGAGCUGUACCACGGGCUAGGUAUCGGAGCAGAUCUCCAAUUCUUAGUAGGCCUCGAGUUUGGCAUAGGUCUCCGCCAAGGUUUAGAAGUCCACCCCCCGUCACACGCAAGAUAACACUAUGUCGAGCGACGGACUGUCCAAAGUCACUGAAUCUAGCUAUGGAAGCCCUGCAGAUACAGUUCACUUCCAUCGACUCUAUGACUGUGUCAAGUGAAUCCCCAACAAAUACUGGGACAUAUAGUCGAUUCGAUCCCUUUUGCGCUGAGGCCCCCGACUCUACUACCCCGCGCGAUGAUGAUGCCUCGAACACCGAAAUUGGAGAUGGUCAAGAAUGGAUCUCCUUGCCAUCUCCCACCGAUAAUUCGGAAUAUUAUAUCUCUCGAGUGGAUGUACAAACAAUGGUGCUAGCCAUGCUCGACAUCCCCUGGGAUCCGCGGGGCUACCUAAUCGGCUGCCCUUCUCAAACGUCUCUCUGGCGCAUGUACAUGGAGCGCAUGUCCACCCAGACGGAGACAGCGCUCGAAGCGUUCAGACAACUACCAUGGGUUCAAGACCCCGCGAUCAAGAAGCGCUUCGAGGAGCAUUCCUGGCUCGAAAAGAACCCGCGCGCCUCGCAGCCGGACACGGCGAGACUGGUCGACCUGGACCGAUUCCUUACCGCCAUCAUGCGCGAGAAAAAGCUCCAGUACAGGGCAAUAGCGCUGGGACUUUUCACAGACGAAGACGCGCAUUCACUUGUGUCCUCUUUGCUCUACGAAUACGACCCGGAUAUCUUGAUUUACGACGGCUCUCGGUUGGUGGUUGAUCGGGAAACGUGCAAAUGGAGCGCGAAACACGGCAGGACGAGCGCCGAGUGUAUAUUCAUACCUGAGUCGCUUGUCAGGUACGAUGGCAAUGAUGAGGUCAAGGAAGAUGCCAUCCUGGAUGAAGAUGUAGUGUUGGUAUCCCUGUGGGCAUGUGUGAGGGCGGAGCUGUGGUUGGGUUCUCUGAACGGGGACGACUUGAUGGAUGUCGUGAGGGGUCUGAAGCGGACUGUGCAUUUGAUCUAAGGCGCGGAUGACUCGUUUUGCCGACGAUUUCUGUUUUCUUCGGUCUUGGAUUUCAACUUGAUACCUAUCUGUUUACCUACCAACUUAUUUAGAUUAUAACUUUGGCUAGAUAGAAUUUCUAAUACAAUUCAUCUACUAGACUACUACCUACCUGCGAAAGAUAGUGGAAUAUGAGGGCGAAGUUGCCUAGAUUGGAUUAGUGUUUCUGUAGGGAGUGAUAGAAAUGGCCUGAGAGAUCUCUGCUCAUCACGGUUAUUCUAUUAGUAUAAUUAUUUCAUCGUCUCUCCGAAGCAGAUAAUGACCAAAGGACAAUUGUUGCGAUCAAUGUUUGGAAUCUUACACCACUUGCCUGAUUUGCUACCUACCUAGGUACU